AUCAGUUGAGUACAACGGUUGACUGAAAAGCUGCUGAACGCUCCGUGAUACUCAACGUGUUUACUGAGGACGCCAUUUUUUCCAUCAUAUUUUAAGUCGGCUACCUGAGCUCAAGUUGAGCUCAACACUCAACACUCAACACUCAAGCUGAGUAUUGUAAAACUAGUGUAUGUACAUAGAACUUAAACACUGUGAAUAUAUUCGAUGUUACCUGAUUCACACGCUGUUUAACCUCACGAAACUCUACGUAAUAUUCGUUAUAACUUGCGAAAUAUGUCGAUUCUUAAUACAUUACAUCGAAUUGGAACGCUGGCGCGAGCGAGUUUAUCUCAUAAACUCGAUCCAGCAAGAGCUAUCACAUUUUCGGUUGCACGUUGUUCUGAUAAUACAGAAGAAGGAAAUAUAGCUGAAGCUGAGAAUCCAGAUGCUCCCAAAGUUGCCCUUAGACCAAUUGUUUCAGUAGAAACAAGCAUCAACUAUAUGAAUAGUGAUGCUUAUAAAAAAACAUACGGAGAUGAUCCAGUGUGGAAAUUAUAUAGAAGAAAUCACAAAGGAGCGUUUCCACCAAAAAAGACUCGAAAGACUUGCAUAAGAGCCGGUGUAAUCUCUACUGGAAGUCCUUGUCCCAUAUGUAGAGAUGAAUAUCUCGUACUUGAUUAUAGAAACAUCAAACUGCUUGAACAGUUUAUCAACAAAUAUAACGGCGAUGUUAUAAGUUAUACAAAGACAAAUAUUUGUCAAAAGAGGCACAAAGAACUUUUAAUUGCAUUACUCAGAGCUAAGGAUUAUGGGACUAUCACGUUUGAUGUCCCUAUAAGACAAUAUAAUUACUCAGAUUGGAAACCAGCAAAGAAUAAUUAGUUUUUAUUAUCGCUGUAA